AUGAUGGCUUCAUUACCUCCAGUGUAUUCAUUCCCGCCGCUUUACACACGGCAGCCCAAUUCUUUAACGAGAAGACAACAGCUAAGUACGUGGAUAGAUAUCAUAUCACAAUAUUGUAAGAGCAAAAAAAUCUGGUACAUGUCAGCCGAUGGCACUGUGAUCGAUGACGACAGAUCAGAAAAUGGGAAAACAGAUAACGAAGAUUCGAAAAAAGUCGGUAAGAACCUUUUCAAUAACGAAGAAAUUCAAAGAUCUGUAUCGCAGGUAUUUAUCGAUGAAAUUUGGUCACAAAUGGUGAAAGAAGGCAAGUGUUUACCUAUUGACCAAAGUGGUAGGAAAAGUAACAAUACCACAACUACGAGAUAUUUCAUACUGUGGAAAAACUUGGACAACUGGGCUUCAUUGAUAUUGCAGUGGUUCGAAGACUCCGGGAAGCUGAACCAAGUCAUUACGUUAUACGAAUUGAGCGAAAGUGAUGAGACUUUAAGUUGGGAAUUCCACGGUAUGCCGGAAAACUUGUUAUAUUAUUCUUUGAAGCCAUUGUGUGAUAGAAACAGGGCUACGAUGCUUAAGGAUGAAAAUGGCAAAGUAAUUGCCAUUAAAGUUGUUUAG